AUGCAACUCUUGAGGGGAAUAGGUUUUUUCCAUGAAAGCAUGCUCUUACUUAGUGCCACAGUGGGAGCAGGGAUCUUUGUGUCCCCUAAAGCAGUUUUACAAUACUCAGCACUGAACAUCCCUAUCUCCCCGAGUAUUUGGGCAGCUUGUGCCCUGCUGAGCAUGAUGAAUGCUCUCUGUCUUGCUACCUUCCCUGUGAGUGCAGCAUCUUAUUAUUUUGUGAAGAGAUCUCUUGGAUCCUGUACUGGUUUCCUUAAACUUUGGAUAAGUAUAUUUUCUUAUGCCAUAGGACUUGGUACUCAAAGCUUAUUAAUAGCUGGUUAUCUAAUUGAACCUUUCUAUGCUGGGUGCCCAGCUCCAGAGCUACCAAAGAAAUGUCUGGCUUUAGCUACUUUGUGGUCAUUGGGAAUUGUGAGUGCUCAAGGAGUGACCACAGUUUCUUGGUUCAACACUAUCUGCAGCUUGAUGAAGAUGGCUGCUCUUUGUUUCAGUUCUGUAACUGGUAUGGUGCUGUUAGUGAUUGGGAAAAGGGAGAAUGUGGCCAGGUUUGAGAAUGCUUUGGAUGCUGAACUUCCCGAUGCCUCACAGCUUGCAGAAGCGCUUCUCCAAGGGUCUUAUGCAUAUGCCGGAUCAUCACUCCUGUUAAACAUAGCAGGAGAAAUAAAAAAUCCUGCUAAGACAAUCCCCAACUCAGUUUUCUGGCCUGUCCAUUGACUGCUAUACUUAUUGACGAACCUAUUGUACCUGGCAGUUUUGAUACCCCUGGAAGUCAUUUCUUCAGAUUCUGUUGCUGCCACAUGGAUGGAGAGAGCAUACCCUUCCAUGCAAUGGGUCAUAUCUUUGGGGAUCUCAGAUCCACUAUUGAAUAACACUACCUGUGGAAUACUUGUACUAUCAAGGAUGGUCUACUGUGCAAGCCAAGAAGAACAGCUGUCAUUCAUCUACUCUAUGCUUAACAACCACCACUGUCCAGUUGUCGCUGUUACCCAAAUUAUCAUCUUAUCUUCAGUUGCAGUAAUACCUUCAGAUUUAAUCCACUUAAUUAAAUAUUUGAUGCUAUCAUCCAAUAUUCUAAGUGUGCUAAAUUUGAUAGCUUUACUUAAACAGAGGUACCAGGAGCCCCAUCUACCCAGACCUUAUAAAGUAUGGCUGCCAUUUGUGUUUGGAUCCACAGCUUCCUCUUUGUUUCUGCUUGUCAUGCCAAUGUUUAACACACCCACAACGGAGCUUACCUAUCAGGUCAUCUUUCUUCUCAGUGGACUUCUGUGUUACUGGCGUCAUAUUCACCUUUGUCAGCAUUCUGGAUUUUUUGAUAAAAUCACUUGUUAUUUACAAUUGCUAUUAAAUGUUUCCGCACCAGCACAUCAAGAUGUAUGCUCUUCUGCAUGA